CCAACACACAUAAACCCCACCGUAAGAGAAUAGCGGCUGCGGUGGGUGCAACGUCGAGCCGGGUCUGUUGGCGAAGAAAACGAACCCCAAAAACAAAAGCGCCUCUCGCGGGGGGAGGCAAGUGAUGCAAAUGGUGCAGGAUCGAGUUGGAGAGGAAAGAUCCAGGGACAAGAGGAAGGGACAUAAUCCUGUCUUGAAGCCCUGAGUACUUUUGCCCCACACACUUUUCCCAUAUUCAGUACAGCGCAACAUUUAAGAUCCUUGCUAGAUGUACAGAUCCUUGGAAAGUGGAAAUGGCUGCAACAGGGUGGCCUCAGGAACUGGUGACUUUUGAAGAUGUGGCCUUGUAUUUCACGCAAGGGCAGUGGGCUUUGCUGGAUCCGAAUCAAAGAGCUUUGUACAGGGAAGUCAUGCAAGAGAAUUACAAUCAUGUCACUUCCUUAGGAUUUCCACUUGUCAAGCCUGGUUUGAUCUCCUGGCUUGAGGAAGAGCCAUGGUCUGCAGAACGGCUGGGUUUGGAGGAGACAGAGGCUCCCUCAGAACAAAGCGCAGGGUUUCCUGAUGUGAUAAUAAAGCUGGAGGAAGAAGGGGAUCCAUGGAACCUGAAUCAGCAGGAAUCCACCUUCACAGGUACCAAGAUCUACCUUUCCUUACCUGUCUGGAUUUUUUCCAUGUUAAUUGAACAGCUCGAUGUGUUAAAAGAGAGGGAGAAAAACUCUUUACCUGCUUCCUCUGUUCUACAUGACGUCAUCACCCUCUCUGUUUGUCCUGCCUCUUUUUAUCCUGACUCAGGACUUCCUGGCGUUCUAAUAAAGCAAGAGCGAGAAGAGGAACCAGGGGUCUUGGAUGAUCAGAGAACUGAGGAAUGGCCCAGUGGUGCUGGCGACCAAUCGGGGUUUCCUGGUGUGAUAAUAAAGGUGGAGCCGAAAGAGGAACCCUGCGUCCCUGUGCUCCAAACACCUGUGGGAAGCACAUCUGUUUUGGGAGUCCACCCAGGCAGCAGGUGUGAGGAAAAAGGAGAAGAGGGUCUUCCAGUAAGCGCUCACCUAGUGGCAGCAAACAAAAUAUCCUUAGGAAUUACCGAAGGGAGCAUUUCGCAGUACCAAGAUAUCGCCGAUAACCGAGGCAGAGAAGAGAGACAUCAGAGAAAUGACCUGGGAGAGAGAUCAGGAAGGUCUUUACCUUGUCGGGGAGGUGAAAAAAGUGAAACCAAAAUGCAAAAGAAAAUUCACAAGUAUGGGAGAACUCUUCAGAAAGGAGAGAAACAUUAUAAACAAUUAGCUUGUGAGAAGAGAAUGAAUGGGAGCUACUGCCUUCUUUCUCAGAGCAAAGGCCACAAAGGAGAAAAAAUUCAUGCUUGUUCAGUCUGUGGUAAAAGCUUCAAGUGGAAAAGUAACCUGAUUAUCCACGAAAGAAUCCAUACAGGAGAGAGGCCGUAUACAUGCUCAAUCUGUGGUAAAAGCUUCAGCAAAAGGUCGUACCAUGCUGUCCAUGAGCGAAUGCACACGCAAGAAAAGACAUACACUUGUUCAGUGUGUAAUAAGAGCUUCAUCCAUAAAGUCAGCCUUAGGAGGCAUGAGCAAGUCCACACAGGAGAGACCCCGUAUAAAUGCUCAAACUGUGGGAAGGGCUUUAGUCAGAAAUGUAACCUCCUUUCACAUGAAAGAAUCCACACAGAAGAAAGGCCUUACCCGUGUUCAUUCUGCGGCAAAAGUUUUAAACGAAGAUCAAACCUCAACAGCCACAAAGUCAGCCAUACGGGAAUAAAAACAAAUAUGUGCUCGACCUGUGGUAAAAGCUUCAGUCAUAGAUCAAACCUUGUUAGCCAUGAAAGAACUCACACCGGAGAGAAACCGUUUUCAUGCACAAUCUGUGGUAAAAGUUUCGCUGACAGAACACACCUUAUUAAACAUGAGAGAACUCAUACAGGUGAGAAACCAUAUAUGUGCUCAAUCUGUGGGAACAGCUUUAGCCACAAAUCAAAUCUGGUUAGCCACGAAAGAACCCACACAGGGGAAAAACCAUACCCGUGCUCAGUUUGCGGCAAAAGUUUCACAGAUAGAGCAUAUCUUCUUAAACACCAGAGAACUCAUACAGGAGAUAAACCAUUCAAAUGUUCUGUCUGUGGGAAGAGCUUCAGUCGUAAAGAUUAUCUUAUUAGACACAAGAUCAUCCAUACCGGAGAGAAACCAUACAUGUGCUCAGUUUGCGGGAAGAGUUUCAUGUGGAAAAGUUACCUGUCUAUCCAUGAAAGAAUCCACACGGGAGAGAAACCGUAUACAUGCUCUUUCUGUGGUAAAAGCUUCAGUGAAAAAUCGUACUACAUUGUACAUGAACAAAUGCAUACAGCGGAAAAAAUGCAUGCUUGUUCAGUCUGUAGUAAAAGCUUUGUUCAUAAAGUAAGCCUUAUCAGACAUCAGCAAGUCCACUCGGGUGAGACACCACAUAAAUGCUCGGUUUGUGGGAAAGGCUUCAGUCAAAAAUGUAGCCUUAUUUCACACGCAAAAAUCCACACAGAAGAAAGGCCUUUCACAUGCUCCUUCUGCGGCAAGAGCUUCAAGCGAAGGUCAAAUCUCACCAGUCACGAAAGAAUCCAUACAGGAGAGACCCCCUAUGUGUGCUUGGCCUGUGGCAAAAGCUUUAAUUGUAAAGCGCAUCUUCUCGGACAUGAGAGAACUCAUACAGGGGAGAAACCAUAUUCAUGCUCGGUUUGUGGGAAGAACUUUGGUAACAAGUCACAGGUGGUUAUACACGGAAGAAUACACACAGGGGAAAAACCAUAUACUUGUUCACACUGUGGGAAAAAGUUCAAGCACAGGACAAGCUAUACUGAGCAUCAAAAAAUCCACACGGAAGAGAAACCGUUCAUAUGCUCAGCCUGCGGCAGGAGCUUCAGUCGGAAGGAGCACCUGAUUAUCCACGAGAGAAUCCACACGGGAGAGAAGCCAUAUUCAUGCUUGGCCUGUGGGAAAAACUUCAAGCAGAAGUCAAGCCUUACUUCACAUGAGAGAAGCCACUCGGCUGAAAAGCCACACUCGUGUUCCACCUGUGGCAAAACUUUCAAGAAUCAAGUAUACCUGAGGAGACAUGAAAAAAUUCAUAUGAGAUAAAGGAUGAGGGUGGCGCUGUGGGUUAAACCACAGAGCCUGGGACUUGCCGAUCAGAAGGUCAGCGGUUCGAAUCCCCACGACAGGGUGAGCUCCCAUUGCUCAGUCCCUGCUCCUGCCAACCUAGCAGUUCGAAAGCACGUCAAAGUGCAAGUAGAUAAAUAGGUACCACUCCGGCGGGAAGGUAAACAGCAUUUCCAUGCCCUGCUCUGGUUCGCCAGAAGCGGCUUAGUCAUGCUGGCCACAUAACCUGGAAGCUGUACCCCGGCCCCCUCGGCCAAUAAAGCGAGAUGAGUGCCGCAACCCCAGAGUCGGUCACGACUGGACCUAAUGGUCAGGGGUCCCUUUACCUUUACCUUUAUGUUUGAAAAGCCUCAUCCUCGUCAGACUUUAUUUAAGCAUCAGAAAGGUGAGGGUUGGGUGUGUCACGAGAUACGGAAGGCGUUAAGGCACAGACGUGACCCAGAAACCCAUACCAGAGACAGAAAUAAUACCUGCAAUAUUUAAUAAAGCACCAGUAACCUUUUUUCUCCCAAUGAUCUAUAGUCUGGGACUUAACAGUGCUGUUGUGAAUACAUUUCAAUAUUUCAAACUUUUCCUGGGUUUGAAUUUUCUAGCUUCAUUUCAUAGUCUGAAGACUAAUUGCCACCUGCUUCGGCUUCCAGAUCUGCUUUUUCGAACAUUUUCAUCGAUUCCAGAUCACGUUCGUUUUUGUAGCUGUGUGAAAGAACACUUGGUUUAGCUGCAGAUGUAUCGUAAUAUAUUACGUACUGAAUAAAGAAUUUUAGAAACUUG